CACUGCUAUUCCAUCCCUAGGUGGCUCUGGUGCCACGGGCUCUUCCAUUGCGCCAGUCAUCAUCUCCCCCGCAGAACCCUCGAAUGUCGACUCGCCCAGGACCGCAAUCUUGCCAAGCCUCACAACAACUGAAACGGAAUCUAGCCAGCAGCAAACGCAGCAGCAGCCACGCGAUCUCUACCAGGGCGCUGCUUCCCACGAACUCCUCCCUCGCCAGACGCUCCUUAAGGCGCUCGCUUCUACCACGUCCGUUUCGCGUCCCAAGAAGCCCGAGGCUCUUUCGCUCAACAAUAUGCUAUUCCCUCAAACUAGUAACGGCGGCGCCUCCUCCGCCGCCGCGAGUCCUCAGCAGCUCGUCGAUGCGCUACAAGACUUAGCGAAGAAGAGAUCUGCGCCAAACACCGCAAUUAGCAACCUACUGUCUCCAUGUUUCUACCAUCAACGAUUUGACGACGCCGUCGAUUUCGAUAAAGUCCUCGACGAAAUUAAGAACGACGAACACAUGUCGCACUCGCGCUUGGUCCAGACCGCGACAAGUGUUCGCGAGCUUUCUAAACAGCUUCAGAGGCGCCCCGUCAAGCGGGCAGUUCGCAAUGUCAUGAUUGUUACCAAAGCCCGGGACAACCAGCUGGUCUACCUCACCCGAGAGCUGGCAACGUGGCUUCUGCAGACGCCGCGGUAUGGAUCCGAAGUCGGCGUCAAUGUCUACGUAGAUGCCAAGCUGCGCAACUCAAAACGCUUCAAUGCCGCAGGAAUCAUUGCCCAGGAUGAGCGAUUCGAGACCAUGCUCAAAUACUGGACCCCGGAUCUGUGCUGGAGCCAGCCCGAGAAGUUUGACCUUGUGCUCACCCUUGGAGGCGACGGCACUGUCCUCUUCACCUCUUGGCUCUUCCAGCGCAUUGUGCCCCCAGUCCUCUCUUUCAGCUUGGGAAGCCUUGGCUUCAUGACGACCUUCGAAUUCGAGCACUACAAGCAGCAUCUGAAUCGCGUGAUGGGCGAUGACGGUAUGAAGAUCAACCUCCGCAUGCGAUUUACCUGCACGGUAUGGCGAGCGGGCCCCAACGGCCAUUCGGACGAGGGAGAGCAGUUCGAAGUGCUCAACGAGCUGGUCAUUGACCGCGGCCCUUCGCCAUAUGUCUCCAACCUAGAGCUGUAUGGGGAUGACGAGCUCCUGACGGUUGUGCAAGCCGACGGGUGCAUCUUCUCUACGCCUACGGGCUCAACAGCCUAUUCACUCUCAGCGGGUGGCUCUCUCGUCCACCCGGAUAUCCCCGCCAUUCUCCUGACUCCCAUCUGCCCUCACACUCUCUCGUUCCGACCCAUGGUUCUCUCCGACACCAUGGCGCUUCGUGUGGCCGUCCCACGCAACUCCCGCGCCACCGCCUACUGCGCGUUCGACGGCAAGGGACGUGUGGAGCUCAAGCAGGGCGAUCACGUUACCAUCACUGCCUCGCAGUAUCCCUUCCCUACCGUCACCCGUACCGACACAGAGUGGUUCGAUAGCGUCAGUCGCACUCUACGGUGGAACGUCCGCGCGGCUGCUCAGAAGCCUUUUGACGCUUCCGGAAUCUCGCCCACUGGCGAAGAGGAAGAGGACGACAGCUGGGACAUUGACACCGACAGCGCGUAUUAUGCGAGCGAAGAGGGCAGCACCGCCGCCAGCCCCGUCAGGAGACAGAUGAGCAUGCUGGGCAUGUGAUGUUGUCAAUCACCUGAUCUUGUCUUCGAGUCGCCUUUUAUUGUUUUGUCUUGGUGUUCGAAUUACCUCACGAGCGUGUCAUGCCAACUCUUUUUAUCUCACACUACACGUAUACGGCAUUGGUCCUUCUUAUACACCUUCACUGCACAUAUAGAUUACGGAAUAUGUCGGGAGUCUUUAUUCCCCUUCUUCUUGGUGUACUCUGGCGUUGGUAAUACUCUUGGGACUCCACUGGAUAACGACGUCCCUCUGGUUGGGUUUUUGUUUUUCUCUUU